GUGAGCCAGACAAGAAACGAAGCCUCGCUGUUCACAGCAGAAGCAGAACACAUUAAUAACGUCAUCCACCAACUCCUCUAAAAAUCCCACCUCUGCGAACGCCGCUACUCGCCGGCGGCGAAGACGGUGGCGUUGGGCAUGCAAUGGCCGCCCUUCUCCACCUCCUCUCGCGCUUCCUCCUCCUCUUCGUCGUUUUCACCGGUGGCGCCGCCCAGUUCGCAAAUCCUAGGCUGAGAGACGCCUACAUCGCCCUCCAGUUUUGGAAGCGCACCGCCAUCUUCUCCGACCCCAACAACAUCACCGGAAACUGGAUCGGCCCGGGUGUCUGCUCCUACACUGGCGUCUUCUGCGCCAGACUCCCCGACUCACCCAAUGUCACCGUCGUCGCUGGCGUCGACGUCAAUCACGCCGACAUCGCCGGGUACCUCCCUGCCAAGCUCGGCCUCCUCGCUGACCUCGCCCUCCUCCACCUAAACUCGAACCGCUUCUGCGGCACCCUCCCCCACACCUUCGGCCGCCUCCUCCGCCUCCACGAACUCGAUCUGAGCAACAACCGCUUCGUCGGUCGCUUCCCCUUUGUCGUCCUCCGCCUCCCCGCCCUGCGCUUCCUAGAUCUGCGUUUCAACGACUUCGAGGGUCCCAUCCCGCCCGCCCUCUUCCGCCGCCCCUUCGACGCCAUCUUCCUCAACGACAAUCGCCUCCGCAGCGGCAUCCCUGAAACCCUAGGCGCCUCCCCUGUCUCUGUCCUAGUUUUGGCUAAUAAUCUCCUCGGCGGAUGCAUCCCGGCCUCGAUCGGCGGCAUGGCGGGGACGCUCAACGAGAUCAUCCUCCUCAACGACGACCUCUCGGGCUGCAUCCCACCCCAGAUCGACCUGCUCCGCCGCGCCACCGUCUUCGACGUCAGCUUCAACGACCUCCAGGGUCCGCUGCCGGUUUCCGUCUCCGGAAUAAGGAGCAUCGAGCAGCUCAACGUCGCGCAUAACCGUCUCACCGGGCGGAUCCCUGCGGGCAUCUGCCAGCUGCCACGGCUCAGGAACUUUACCUACUCAUUCAACUACUUCGUCGGCCGGCCGCCGGCUUGCGCUCGGAGGGGGGCGGCGAAGUUCGACGGCAGAGAGAAUUGCAUUGUCGGACUGCCAAAGCAGCGGCCUCCGCGGCAGUGCACGUCCCCGGCGGUCCAAUCGUUUGAUUGUAGUAGGUCGAACUGCUUUGUCGGCGGCGCCAUCACGUCCCCGCCUCCUCCUUCCCCAAGGUUUAACAUUCGCAGGCGUACUCCGAGGCCGCCGUCUGCUCCAGUUGGGAACAUGCCCAGAGGCAACUUUAGGGUACCAUCCCCACCACCGCCACCAUACGAAACAGUCCCUUCUUCUAGAACGCACCCGCCACCGACGCCGUCGAAGUACCACCCAACGACUCCUCCUCCAGCUACCACUUCUCCACCACCUUACAACACUAUUCCACCGGCAUCACCAUCAACGCUUUUCACAUCCCCGCCGCCUCCUUUCAUUCCAUGGGAAGCUACACCAUCUUCAGUACUUCCACCUCCGCCACCACAGCUCCCUCCAAUCUUUGGCGUCUCCUAUGCCUCUCCACCCCCUCCGGCGAUUCCAUAAUCUCCACUGUUAAUCGAUCAUUUCAACCAAAAAAUCGCUUUUAAUGCUCCUCUACUGUCUCCAUCAUCGUCUUCUUCUCCUUCCUUCCAUGUUUCGAGAUGAUCAUGUCAAUGCCAUGAAGUUCAAGCGUGCUUUACUCUUCUCUGUUACAGUUCAUGUUUAUAAAUAAAAGAUGCCGUAGCAUUUGGCAGGAAGCGACGACGAACUCCAAGUGGAGCAGAACAUCUUUUGGACAAGGCGAGUGGUUCGUGGAGUAAAUAAUUAAGGGGGCGUUUGGUUC